AUGCUAGAAAGUGUCUCAAGUACAUCAUUGGUGGUUCUUGUUGAUGAUCCAAAAAUCAACAACCAGUUAGCAGAGUUUAUGCUUCAAGUACAAGAAGGUUUGACACAAGGAUCAUCGCAAAGAGAAGUGAAUACACCCAAAGGAACUUUGGUUUUAAUAUCCAAUGAAAAAGAG